AUGGAGAGAGGAAAAGAGCCGAGAUCUAACAUAAGGCAAACUUCACAAGAACUUCAAAAACUAUUAAUGCGCUCUUUGACUCUUAUCUUAGGUAAAAACUGCAAAGUAACUACUACAGCUGGAGCUACAUACAAAGGACUAAUUCAUACUUAUACUUCAAAUGGGAUCAUUCUUUAUCAAAAUCGAAAUCCUCAAGAAUCAAUCAAGCCUAUUAAAUUUUCCCUCAAAGAUCUGAUAUCAAUAGAAGCUAACAGCAUCACAGUUGCUCCUCAAAAAAAAUUUAAAACUGAUCGGGAAAUAACUAAAUCCAAUAAAAAAUACUCCCGACAAUUGCAAAAAUGGGAAAGUGACGCUCCUAUAGAAGAAACUCUCACUCCCCUCCAUAAACGAACAAAAAAUCUUAUUCGCUUGUGGAGGGGUUAAUUUUUUUUGUAAAAAAAAUUAUAUAUAAAUUUUAUAAAAAAAUUUUUUUUUCGAAAUUUUAAAAAAAAAUUAAUUCGUAAAAAUUGUAAAGCAAAUAUUAAUUUAAUUUAUAAAAUUUAUGUUUUUAAAACGCAAGUUGUUUAAAAUUAAACAGAAUUAGCUAUACAUUUCGUAAUACUACAUAUCAUUUAUAUAUCAAUUAUUUUUUCAUAAAAAAUUUUUGUACGCUCACAGAAGUGAGUUUUUGGUCAAAAAAUAUGGAUUUUUCAAUGGUUUUGUUCGUUCACGGAGGGGGGAGUCAGUAAAUCCAAUGAGCCCUGGGACCAGUUCAAAGCCAACAAAGAAAAAUUCAACUAUAAAAGCACCUAUAGCGAAGAUAUUUAUACAACAGCAAAAGUCGACCCUAGAGAAUUAACUGAAGAACAAUUAAAAAAAGCCCAAAAAGUUGAAGAAGAACUUUUAGGGACCAAAAUUGAGGAAGAAUUCGAAGAUGUAGAAGACGAAGAAAAGAAAUUUGGAGCUGUUCUCGGCAGUGGAAGAUAUGAAGAAAACAAUAGCCAGUCUCCUCCCAGGAUAACUCGUGAUAGAGCUGUUAGCAUUGCAGGAGAUUUUUCUAUAGAAGAUUAUAAAAAAUUCAGGGAGCAUUUAUUGAGGAAUAAAAUUUCUAUUUCAACGGAGAUGGAGACAGUUAAUUCCUUGUGCCCGAUGAUUGCUGCUGACAAUAAAGAAGAAGUGCUGAGGGAAUUCGUCAAAUUUAAAAGAGAAAGAUUGCCUUCAAGGAGAGAAAUAAUGGAAGACUUGAAAAAAUCAUCAAAAAUAAUUGAUGAGUUGUUUAAGAAAAUGCCAGAAAUGAUGAAGAAAGAUGAAAGGAAGCCCAAAGGAGUUAUAGACUUAUUUAUUUCUGGAUGGAAAAAUUGUGAAAGGGAUACAGAAGUUCAGAUAUGGCCAAGCUUUAAUAGGCAUUUAACUACUUCAAGCACAGUUCCACCUAGAGUUACUGCUAAUCUCUAUAAAUAA